AUACAGAGGACUGCAUCCUUGUCUCCAAAUCUCACGCUGCUGCAUUGGAAUCAAUCAGAAAAUACAAAGAUUAACAGAGACUGUUGAAACAACUAAAGAUUCUUAUCAUUCAUCAAUCAGUGGCGUCAAGCAGAUGCAACGUCUGGAGUCUGGAGCGACCUAGAGAUUGAAGAAGGAUCUUCUUGUCUUCCCUGAUGGCUUCUCCAGGGAGUGGACAUGGGAACCAUGAUGAUAAUGGAUCAGAAACACCAAAAGAUGUGCAAGAAACCGCAGCUACCAAUGCGAAAGAUCAUAUUAAUGAAAGAGUACCAAAGAUUGGAAUGAAUUUUUUAUCUGAUGAGGAGGCUUAUUCCUUUUAUAACAAGUAUGCUGAAGUUAUGGGUUUUAGCGUCCGGAGAGGCAGUAAGCAUAAAGUAAAGAACUCUGAUACAAUACAACAGAGGACAUAUUCUGUUCUCGUCAAGGUGUAUGAAUUUGAGGAGACACAUAACCACAUUCUUGCUACUGGAACCAUGGCCCAAUACUUGAGAUCUCACAGAAAAGUUAUCGAUUCAAUCGUCACUUGGAAAUACAAUCUCGAUGCAACAGAACCCAAGAAUGCUGGCAGGAUACCAACAAUACAAUACACUAAUGGGCCAUCCAGAAAAUCACAUAUGCACUGAAUUCCAACUGCACAACUCAGCUCUGCAGCAACAGAGCAUUGGAACCUCUACCUCUACUAUGAUGACAGAGUAGAAUCAAGUCUUCUUCCAUGAACCGGAGCCAAGUUAACAAAUUUGCUAUGAACGAUUUGUAGCUAUGGCGUGACUGCCGUCCUUCUGCCAUCUUGGUCCACCUUUCCUACCCCAUCAUCACCCUACGUGCUUACGGCAGAUCGAAUGAAAAAGGACUGCUCACACCAGACAAGAUUUCUCACAUUCGCUCCAUAAGAUACUCAAUUUGUUGUGUACAAACUUCUGUCUCGUGUACCGAAGUCGAUUUAAUCAAUGUCAUAGUUGACACUAAUUUUCUUGUU